CUGUUGACUGUUUUUCUUCUGGUGUCAUUGUUUACUGGAAUCUUGUUUCCUGUCUCGAGUCUUCCUGUUUCCUGGUGUCUGCGCCGUCUGCUGGACAAGACGAGGCACUGCCGUCCAUACGAGGCGAACACAUGCUCACGUCUUUUGCUGUGCAGCGCGUCGGUGACGUCACGCGCCGACUCGCCGGGCUUCGGCUCCCUUUCGGCAAUCUUCGGCCGCUCGUUGCUGCUGCCGAGCAAUUCCCUCUCUUGGCGGGGUGGAUGCUGAGAGCAGCGCCGCACUCGGAGGAGGAACAUCCGCGGUGAGGAGGAGAAGAGCUCCGUCGCUACCAAGGAUCCAUUCCUCGACUCUUUUUUUUUUUUUUUUUUUUGUAAUCCACAUUCUUUUUUAAAAGAAAACACCUUUUGUGUUCCUUUUGCUUGGUGCACGGAUCCACGUCUGAGGAGAUGUGUCGGGUCUAACCUCCAUCCUCCUCUCCAUCCUCCUCCUCCUCCUCCUGGAGGAAUAUUGGGACCAUCCACCAUGCAGAAGAUGGUCAAUCUGUCCGUGUCGUUUCUCAUCGUCCUGUGGGGCUGCGCGCACGGAGGCUCGCCCAGCGUGCAAAUCGGGGGGCUCUUCCCCAGGGGCGCGGACCAGGAGUACAGCGCCUUCAGGAUAGGCAUGGUCCAGUUCGGCACGGCCGAGUUCCGCCUGACGCCGCACAUCGACAACCUGGAGGUGGCCAACAGCUUCGCCGUCACCAACUGCUUCUGCUCGCAGUUCUCCAGGGGAGUGUAUGCCAUCUUCGGCUUCUACGACAAGAAGUCGGUCAACACCAUCACGUCGUUCUGCGGGACGCUGCACGUCUCCUUCAUAACGCCCAGCUUCCCUCUGGAUGGCAACCAGCAGUUCAUCAUCCAAAUGAGGCCGGACAUUAAGGGGCCGCUGCUCAGCCUCAUCGAGUACUACAAGUGGGACAAGUUUGCGUACCUGUACGACAGCGAUCGAGGCCUGACCACGCUGCAGGUGGUCCUGGACACGGCGGCGGAGAGGAAGUGGCAAGUGACGGCCAUCAACGUGGGCAACCUGAAGGACGAGCGCAAGGACGAGGCGUACCGCUCGCUCUUCCAGGACCUGGAGAACAAAAAGGAGCGCAGGGUGAUCCUGGACUGUGAGCAGGACAAGGUCAAAGACAUCAUGGACCAGGUCAUCACCAUUGGCAGACAUGUUAAGGGCUACCAUUACAUCAUUGCCAAUCUGGGUUUUGUUGACGGUGACCUCUCCAAAAUCCAAUACGGAGGCGCCAACGUGUCGGGCUUCCAGAUUGUCGAUUUCGACGACCCUCUGGUUUCCAAGUUUGACCAGAGGUGGGAGGCUCUGGAGGAGAAGGAGUAUCCAGGAGCAGACAGUAAAAUAAGGUACACGUCGGCGCUGACCUACGACGCGGUGCAGGUGAUGACGGAGGCCUUCCGCUACCUGCACAAGCAGCGCAUCGACUUCACCCGCAGAGCCAACAACGGCGACUGCCUGGCCAACCCCGCCGUUCCUUGGGCUCAGGGUGUGGAGAUCGAGCGAGCGCUGAAGCAGGUCCGUGUGGAGGGCCUGACAGGGAACAUCCAGUUCGACCAACACGGCAAGAGGGUCAACUACUCCGUCAACAUAAUGGAGCUAAAGAACAACGGACCCGUUAAGAUUGGCUACUGGAACGAAGUUGACAAAAUGGCUGUCACCAAGUCCGACGUCUUGGGCAACGACUCGUCGGUGAUGGAAAACAAAACCGUUAUUGUGACAACCAUCUUGGAAGCUCCUUAUGUCAUGCUGAAAAAGAACUCCAACAUUUUGGUGGACAAUGACCGCUACGAGGGCUACUGCGUCGACCUGGCCGCCGAGAUCGCCAAACACUGCGGCUUCAAAUAUCAGCUGAAAAUAGUCAGCGACGGAAAGUACGGAGCCAGAGAUGCUGAGACCAAAAUCUGGAACGGGAUGGUUGGCGAGUUAGUGUAUGGGAAAGCAGACAUUGCAGUGGCUCCUCUGACCAUCACUCUUGUACGAGAGGAGGUGAUCGACUUCUCCAAGCCCUUCAUGUCUCUGGGAAUCUCCAUCAUGAUCAAAAAGCCCCAGAAGUCCAAACCUGGCGUCUUCUCCUUCCUGGACCCGCUGGCCUACGAGAUUUGGAUGUGUAUUGUGUUCGCCUACAUCGGCGUCAGCGUGGUGCUCUUCCUGGUCAGCCGCUUCAGCCCGUACGAGUGGCACACCGAGGAGUACGAGGACGGGCAGAUCCAGACCAACGAGUCGACCAACGAGUUUGGUAUAUUCAACAGCCUGUGGUUCUCCUUGGGGGCCUUCAUGAGACAAGGCUGCGACAUCUCACCAAGGUCUUUGUCCGGUCGAAUUGUUGGCGGCGUGUGGUGGUUCUUCACGCUCAUCAUCAUCUCCUCCUACACGGCCAACCUGGCUGCGUUCCUCACUGUGGAGAGGAUGGUUUCUCCCAUUGAGAGCGCCGAGGACCUGGCCAAACAGACCGAGAUUGCCUACGGCACUCUAGACUCCGGCUCCACCAAAGAGUUCUUUAGGCGUUCUAAAAUUGCCCUGUUUGACAAAAUGUGGACGUAUAUGCGGAGUGCAGAGCCCUCUGUGUUUGUGAAAACCACAGCCGAGGGGGUUCUGAGGGUCCGCAAGUCCAAGGGGAAGUACGCCUACUUGUUGGAGUCCACCAUGAACGAGUACAUUGAGCAGCGGAAGCCUUGCGACACCAUGAAGGUGGGAGGCAACCUGGACUCCAAAGGCUACGGGAUCGCCACGCCGAAAGGAUCCUCAUUAAGAAAUGCGGUUAACCUCGCAGUACUAAAACUGAAUGAGCAAGGCCUGUUGGACAAAUUGAAAAACAAAUGGUGGUACGACAAAGGAGAGUGCGGCAGCGGGGGAGGUGAUUCCAAGGAGAAGACGAGCGCCCUCAGCCUGAGCAACGUGGCUGGGGUCUUCUACAUUCUGGUCGGAGGACUCGGCUUGGCCAUGCUGGUGGCCUUGAUCGAGUUCUGUUACAAGUCCCGAGCCGAGGCCAAACGAAUGAAGAUGACCUUCGGGGACGCCAUGAGGAACAAAGCGAGACUUUCCGUCACCGGGAGCACCGGGGAGAACGGUCGGGUGAUGACUCCGGAGUUUCCUAAAGCUGUCCACGCCGUCCCAUACGUGAGACCCGACAUGGGACUCAACGUCAGCCUGACAGAUCUGUCCUGAUCCCUGACAGACUUCUGAGUGCCUUACCAUGCUUUCAAAAAGAGCGCUUUUGGUCUCCUCUUUUUCCGCUUUUUGGCUCGCUGGUUCCUUCCUCAGUCGCUCGCUUCUGUCACGGAACUUUUUUUUUUGUUAACCCCGAGGGACACAGGAGUGUUGUCCAUCACAAAGUUUUAGCCUCCAUGCGUCAUUCUUCAUAUUUUUACACCACCAAGAAGAAAAUGGCUCCCUCGGUGAUCCUGGGAUAUCACUUAUCGUGUGUGUGUGUUUGUGUGUGAGUGAGUGCGUGUUUCUGUCUGUGUGAGGACUUGACUGACAAGUCAGAACUCAUUCCAACCGUGUGUGAGUCUGUUUUUCUGUCUGUGUGGGGACUUGAUCGACAAGUCAGAACUCAUUCAAACCGUGUGUGUGUCUGCUUUUCUGUCUUUGUGGGGACCUGACCGACAAGUCAGAACUCAUUCCAACCGUGUGUGUAUGAGUCUGAUUUUCUGUCUUUGUGGGGACUUGAUCGACAAGUCAGAACUCAUUCAAACCGUGUGUGUGUCUGCUUUUCUGUCUUUGUGGGGACUUGACGGACAAGUCAGAACUCAUUCCAACCGUGUGUGUGAGUCUGUCUUUUCUGUCUGUGUGGGGACCUGACCGACAAGUCAGAACUCAUUCCAACCGUGUGUGUGAGUCUGUUUUUCUGUCUGUGUGGGGACCUGACGGACAAGUCAGAACUCAUUCAAACCGUGUGUGUGUCUGCUUUUCUGUCUUUGUGGGGACUUGACGGACGAGUCAGAACUCAUUCCAACCGUGUGUGUGAGUCUGUUUUUUCUGUGUGCGUGGGGACUUGACCGACAAGUCAGAACUCAUUCGAACUGUGUGUGUGUGAGUCUGCUUUUCCGUCUUUGUGGGGACUUGAUCGACAAGUCCGAACUCAUUCCAACCGUGUGUGUGAGUCUGUUUUUCUGUCUGUGUGGGGACCUGACGGACAAGUCAGAACUCAUUCGAACUGUGUGUGUGUGAGUCUGCUUUUCCGUCUUUGUGGGGACUUGAUCGACAAGUCAGAACUCAUUCAAACCGUGUGUGUGUGAGUCUGCUUUUCCGUCUUUGUGGGGACUUGAUCGACAAGUCAGAACUCAUUCGAACUGUGUGUGUGUGAGUCUGCUUUUCCGUCUUUGUGGGGACUUGAUCGACAAGUCAGAACUCAUUCAAACUGUGUGUGUGUGAGUCUGCUUUUCCGUCUUUGUGGGGACUUGAUCGACAAGUCCGAACUCAUUCCAACCGUGUGUGUGAGUCUGUUUUUCUGUCUGUGUGGGGACCUGACGGACAAGUCAGAACUCAUUCGAACUGUGUGUGUGUGAGUCUGCUUUUCCGUCUUUGUGGGGACUUGAUCGACAAGUCAGAACUCAUUCAAACCGUGUGUGUGUGAGUCUGCUUUUCCGUCUUUGUGGGGACUUGAUCGACAAGUCAGAACUCAUUCAAACCGUGUGUGUGUGAGUCUGCUUUUCUGUCUGUGUGGGGACUUGACUGACAAUUGUGUGUGUACGUGUGUGUGUGUGUGUGUGUGUGUGUGUGUGUGUGUGUGUGUUCUGCCACCUCCCAAACAGGAAGCACAUCCGCAUUAAAAUGUGAAAUAGUCCCUUUUUUUUUUUUUUAAAGAAACUCAAAGAAAAUGUUUAUUUAAAAAAAACUAUUUUUAUGUAUUUUCACAAAAUAGCUUUUAAAAAGAAACUUCCAUUACGGUUGCAGGAAAGAAGAGCUUUUACGGUGUCAUUUUUCCCCACCGAUUUGUUUUCCCCCCUGUAUAUUUUAUUGUGUGUGUUGAUCUUUGCUCGACAUUCGGAUUCGGCCCCAUUCGUCGCGGUUUACCUGGCACGUAAAACGUGACAAAUCAAGGGGGGGUGCACUAUCCACUUUAGCCACCAGAUGGCAGUAGAGUGUUGAAAACGUACUUUGUGGCAGUCCCAACUUUGACCAGAGUGGCGCUUUCCAUCAUUUUCAGUGGACCGCAUCGCAAAAUCCCACGAGACCCGCCCAGGAACGGAGCCAUAUGAAUCCCUUCCUUACUGUAGGUUUUCUGGAGUUGGCAAUUUGUUUCUCCUUGAUGAAAAAUCUCCUUUUUGCUGUUCGUGUUGUUUUUUCUGCAGAAGACCAGGGUUGUUUGUUGUGCUUUCGAUGAAGUGAACCUGUUUACACACCAUGAAUGCAAAACAACGUAACAAGAAAAAAAACAAGGAAAGGUCGCCGUGGUAACCAAAGGCCAAAUAAGUGAAGGGUGCCAAACAAGUUCUCGUGCCAGUCGGAGUCUUAAAAGUCAAUCACUGUCCUUUCAGUGAAUGUAAAUCCCUUUUUGUAAGCUAAUGUACAGUCGAUGGCUAUGACACUCGCUCACGUUAUCACUUUUGGCUUCGAUUGUGUUCUGUUUUGGUUUGUUUUUCUUAUUGCAUCCACCUGACAAAAUGACGCGGCGGCAGUUUGCAUGCGGCGCCGCCGAUACGACGUUUCUCUCCAUUACUGCCGAAAAACAUCGCGUUUACAUUUUAAUGUAGAAGUCGUGCGGUGUUUUUGAAUUUGGGAAAAAAGAACUACAAAAAAUAAUGUUAGACAUCUAUAUAAAUAAAUAUAUAUAUACAGGAUAUAUAUACAUAUAUUUUCUAUAAAAAGGUGAAGUAAAAAUGUAAAAAAAACCAAAUGUAUAGCCCCCUUCAUGAUGGUGUCAAAGCUACUUUCAUGAGUUGAAAUGUUAGUUUUCCUUUCUUUUGGAUGACAUGACGACAGACAAGCACUUCUAGUCCUCUUUUAUGACCUGUAAAGAGCGCCCCCUGUAUGUCGGGACCGGGGGGGUAAGAAUCUGUAUUAUUACUAUGGCUGUUGUUCUUUUGUAUUCCGACUAUAGAUACAUAUACUGUAGUUGCUUCUAAGUUUCAUGGCGUACUUCAGGCUAUUCUCACUGACAUUUUGUAUAUGGAAUGUGUGCUAACUUGUUUAUUUUUGGGACUCUUUCUAAAUAAAAAAUGGCUGAUUUCUUGUUAGCGCUCA